UCUUUAUGUGAACAUUAAGAUACAAUGCUGGGUCCGGUGGUUAUAAUACACACAUUUGAGAACCUCUGUCCACAUUACUUCAAGGGUCAAUCAAGCAUCACAGAACACAGCCCCCAAAGGUUAACCUCCUCGGCGUCCUCAGCUACUGCCCCAUCCUUAGGCCGCCGAACCCGGGACCCGGCAGGACCGGACGCCGGCGGCUGCGAGCGCGCACCGCAGCAACACCGCCGCUCGGGUCGCGCCGGCGGGGCGGGGCCUGGCGCGCGGCAUUGUGGGAACGGCGUGGGGGGUGGGGUGGGGAGGGGGAGUCGGUCGGACAGCGGCCGGCCGGGUGGGGCGGACGGGCGGGACGGUUUAGGUUGACGUGGCCUUCUGCGCGGCUGCGGCUGCGGCUCCCGCUCCUACCCGGAGAGGAGGGAGGCACCCGCCGCGGCCCGCAGCGGUUCUGCGGCCGAGCCUAGCCGCUGGCGGAAGGAAGGCCGUAAAGCCCGCCCCUUCCGGUCUCGUUGCCAGGGCGACGGGGAAACCCGGGAAGAAGGAUCCGGCUUGCGAAUCCUGUCUGGAGGUUUGGUGCCAGGGUGGGUCACGCGGAAAAGGCAGAUUUGGCGGAAAGUGGAGAACUCGCCUGACCUGACCCCGUUUGCAAGGGACUGGACAGAAUAAUUGCAAAACAAAACACAACAAAACAAAAUAACAAAAACAAAAAAAUACCCUUCCUAGAAAUAAAAUUAUUUACAAUUGUGUGUAUCUGC